UGUGCUAGGUUGCUGGGCAGGGAGCCUGCUUUUCGUGCAGCUUCGGGCGCCGUCUGUGAAUACAGCCAAAGUCGCCGUUGAUGCUCCUCAUUUGAAGGCGCAAGCCUCACACAUUGACAGGCAUUCUCCUCGGAGACGCUGCCAGAAGUGACACCAUCAUGCGGAAGGUCUAGCCGACGAGCAGGGGAACUCUGGCAGCCUGUCCGGAACUGAACAAGUUGAGCUAAAGCUUAGGAGAAUCAGCGCGACGCCAUGGCCUCCGAUAAGGUGGUGCUGGCCUACGUUCUGUCUCUGCUCGCCUGUCUGGUGGCCAUGAUGUGGCAGUCGGAAGUUGACCCGCGGGAUUUCGCAGCCUCAGACGAGGCCAAGUUCCGAGUCAGCCCGAGGAAGAUGAUGGAGACCAUCAGCACGCCCGACAUGAUCGCUACGUGGUUUUCAUGGAUCAAGAACGUGAAACAGAUCGAUCGAAGGCUACUGACCAAGGGCAAGAGGUAUAUUGGACAAUACACCGUCGGUCCUUUGGGCCCGUACCGGAUACUGCUGACUGUAAAAGAGUACGAGCGAGGCCGGCUGCUGACAGUAGACGCCGACAGCUGGCUUCGACCCCGCCUCCAGCUGCAGGUCACGGACCUCAAGGACGGCGGCUGCUUUGUUCACCUGGGCAUGACCUUCAACCGCACUUCGUCCCUCUUCCAGUAUACGGUCGGCUGGGUCGGUCGCGUGAUGACCAACAACCACUUCCGCCACUCGCUGUUCAUGUUGCGCAUGAUGAGGACCGACGAGAACAGCUCACAGGAGCACCCCGACGAUUUCCACGCCCUGGAUGAGCUCAACGACCUCGAGGGCGUUGAGGUUAGCGACGAGGUCAAGGUCGACCUGUCCGGGAAAAUAUGACGAGUCGUGGAGAAGAAGUGGAGUGGGGGAUGCGAGGGGGCGAGCUGCGGGGAAUGAGCUGGUGGCGGGGCGAGCUGCGGGGAAUGAGCUAUCAGGUAAGCUAUUAGGAGUUCAUAGAUGUAAGGAGAGAGGGAGAGAGAGAGAAAAAAAAGAUAGGGAGAGAAAAGGAGAGA